GCGCUAUCCGCCUAACAUGCGCUGCAACAACAUCGACACUCUGAACCCGAACUCAAUCUUGGCAAAAUCCGACUUCACCGUCUUCAUCGUAGCACGGCGAUGUCCACGCUGACAUCCUCGCCCUCACCCGCCGGCUCGCCGCACAACCCAUUCCUCGUCCCGCAACGGAACACCCCCUACUCACGCUCACCGCGAGCAUCACCCCGACCCUUCUCGUCGCCCAAGCGGACAUUCAAUGCGCCGGUGGCAGCAACGCGAUUUCCCAAACAGCAGCAACCUGCGGAAGGCGAGAAGGGACGGCAGCAGAGUUCAUACGUUGACGCUGCCACACAGUACAGUCCGGAAGGCUAUCCACCUACAGCUCCUAGGCACAAGGUGGCCGUGACCCGGACCGAAGCCGCACAGCCUCCGGGCUCGGCGGGCAGCGCGAAGAAGCGGAAGGAAAGCACGCGGUCGGAGUCACCGCACCAUCAGCAGAUGAGCUCGAGCGACGUCGGAGCAGGCAGCUCUGCGGCACGCAACCCGCCAAGCGAGCCGCAACCGCGGACAGAUCCAGAACUGGAAGGUGCGGUCUCGCAGAAUGCAAGUACGACUGACCUGGCGAAGCAUGAGGCUGUAGAGCAGCAGCAGCCCGAACCGGAAGAAGCACGAUCAACGCAUGGCUACUCCUCGGCACCUAAGCGGUCCCGGCCGGAGCCGGGCACCGUCAAGGUCAUGCCGCUGAAGUACGAAACUUGCAACCCCAAGGAUCUUGGCAUAUUGAUAUCAAACAUGUUGAUGGAGCUGAUAAGGCUGAACGACCGGAUUCCGCUGCGAGACGGCAAGCUCACAAGGUUCCAUUCGCGCGCACCGCCUGGCAUCAGCGUUUCUGAUUACCUUCAGCGCCUCAUCCAACACGCAACGCUAUCUCCGCCAAUAUUGCUGAGCAUGGUCUGGUACAUUGACCGGAUAUGCGCGCUCUAUCCCGCUUUCACAAUUAACAGUCUAACGGUACAUCGCUUUCUGAUCACGGCAGCAACGGUAGCCGCCAAGGGUCUCAGCGAUUCAUUCUGGACCAAUCCAACGUAUGCGCGAAUUGGUGGUAUACCAGUCACAGAACUUGCGACAUUGGAGCUGGAGUUUUUGCAGAGGGUGUACUGGAAGAUCGUACCGAAGCCGGAGGUGCUGGAAGAGUACUAUCGCAGUCUGGUUGAUCGAACGCAAGGGUUUGAGCUGGAGACUACGGGUAGUGAAAGUAGUAGUUUGGAUGAGAGCGAAGAAGGCACGAAGAGUGCUGAGGGCGAGGAGGACGAAAAGAUGGCUGACGAGCUGACGUGAGCGAUUGUGCAAUAUUUGGUGGAAAGACCUUAUUCAAGAUGAUGGGAGCGUGCACGCCUCGCUCGUUACUCGAGUGCCGAGGUACCACCAUAGCCGAACGCGCAGGCCUUACGACCGAGAAAGCCGGUUUUGAAGGCUCUCGCAUGCCAAUGGCUACGCCAAGCUGCGGGCGGUGUGGUAGGGGAAUGCUAUCACGAUGAUAGGAAGCAGGCUCGACUAUAUCGGCAGGAGGGCGAUGGAGAAGGCUGGGAAGCAAAGCGGCUCAUGAUGGGUUUCACGACUACCACUCAAACUGCGAUUGGCUGCAGAACGGGCCACGAAAGGAGCAGUGUCGAUACGGACAAAGCAUACGGGCGUUGAGUGGAUGCCGGUAUGUAUGGGUUUCUGAGCGUUCUCUUGCAUAGCUGCUGGCGGUUGAAUGGUAAAUAAUACACACAAGCAAUGAACAUUGACUGCUG